UUUUUUUUUCACAAUCUCAAACCCAUACAGGGUAAAGAAGCACAAGGAGGCAUAAGAGGAGAAGGGGCUUAUGUUCUUGCUUUCGCAUUGAUUGAUUGAUUAACACAGACAUGCUGAGGUUUAUCAUCUUUUUGACCUUUUUUAUACACUCAUGUGUUGGGGCUCCCAGGACUCCUGCUGCUGCCGCGGCUGUUCCUGCCAAAAAAUGGCUCACCCUUAACGGACUAGAGCCUGCCGUUGUCGCUAGAGGCGGAUUCUCGGGUCUUUUCCCGGAGUCAAGCGCCCCUGCAAACGACAUGGCUGUUAGCACCAGCUCGCCUGGCCUCACAAUGUUAUGCAACCUUCAGAUGACUAAGGACGGCGUUGGCCUUUGCUUGUCAGAUAUUAGACUUGACAAUGCAACCACCAUCUCCACGCUCUUCCCCAAAGCCCAGAAGACCUACAAGGUCAACGGUCAGGACCUCAAGGGCUGGUUUGUCAUUGAUUACGAUGCCGAAACCAUCUUCUCCAAUGUCUCUCUCAUCCAGAACAUCUUCUCUCGGCCCAGCAUCUUCGACGGCCAAAUGCCGGUUUCUGCUGUGGAGGACGUCCUCGGAACCAAGCCUCCCAAGUUCUGGUUGAGCGUUCAGUACGAUGCCUUCUACAUGGAGCACAAGUUAAGCGCAGCUGAGUACUUGAGAAGCUUGCAAUUCCGUGGCAUUAAUGUCAUCUCAUCUCCAGAGAUCGGUUUCCUAAAGAGCAUAGGGAUGGACGCAGGCAGGGCCAAGACAAAGCUCAUCUUCGAGUUCAAAGACCCUGAGGCAAUUGAGCCCACCACCAACAAGAAGUACAGCGAGCUUCAACAGAACCUCGCAGCAAUCAAGGCAUUUGCUUCAGGCGUUCUUGUCCCCAAAGACUACAUUUGGCCUGUUGACACGGCUAAAUACCUUAAGCCUGCCACCACCUUUGUGGCUGAUGCCCACAAAGCCGGUCUAGAGGUCUAUGCUUCUGGCUUUGCCAAUGACAUGCGUACCAGCUUCAACUACAGCUUUGAUCCCUCCGCUGAGUAUCUCCAGUUUGUGGACAAUGGCCAGUUCUCUGUUGAUGGCAUCAUCACCGAUUUCCCACCAACAGCAUCACAAGCCAUUACUUGCUUUUCUCACCAAAAGGGCAAUCUCCCCAAAGUAGGGAAUGCGUUAGUUAUAUCUCACAAUGGAGCAAGCGGGGACUAUCCAGGCUGCACUGAUCUGGCUUACGAGAAAGCAGUCAAUGAUGGAGCAGACGUUAUUGACUGUUCUGUCCAGAUGUCCAAAGACGGAAUCGCUUUCUGCCAUGAUUCUGCAGACCUCACCGCAAGUACCACCGCCAUGACUACCUUCAUGUCCCGAGCCACCAGUGUUCCUGAGGUCCAACCUACCAAUGGCAUUUUCUCUUUUGAUCUCACAUGGGCCGAGAUCCAGUCUGUGAAGCCACAAAUUGGGAACCCCUUCACUUCCGCGGGCUUCGUAAGAAACCCAGCAAACAAGAACGUUGGGAAGUUCACGACUCUCGCUGAAUUUCUUGAAUUCAGCAAAGCAAAGGCAGUCCCCGGAGUUAUGAUCAACAUAGAGAAUGCUGCUUAUUUAGCCUCAAAGAAAGGCUUAGGAGUUGUUGACGCAGUUAAGUCGGCUCUGGCCAAUUCCACACUCGACAAGCAAUCAACUCAGAGGGUUUUGAUUCAGUCAGAUGACAGCUCUUAUACGUUACUACAAUUUACACACACACAACGAUAAAAUGUGUUCUUGACGAUUAGUUCAGAAACUGGAAUCUUGACAAUCUACCAAAUUGUUUUCACUCUCACUAUCCCUAGUAUUUUGAGCAAAACUCAAAAGUGCCUCCUGCACAGUUUAAAGAAGUAAAUGGGAAAAGACACACAUGAGGAA